AUGGCUGACAAUUUUGACAAUGCAAAUCCCGGCCUCGAGGCCAAACUUGAGGCUCUGACCGCCUUCAUGCAACAAAACUCAAACAAGGUAGCCAUACUGGAAGCUGAGAACACUGCCAUCCGGACCGAAAACACCUCGAUCAGAGUUGAGAACCAAUCUCUGAAAGAAAAGAUAUUGGCUAAGAGAUUGGCUGAUGUGGAGGCAGUAAUGAGGCAAAUACCAGGAAUGUCGAUCCCUACCAAGAAGAGCAGGCCUCACUGUUAUGCUGACUCACCCUUUACGGAUGCAAUCGCCCUAGCCGACAUGCCCCACAAAUUUACUAUUCCCAGCAUGAAGCCCUAUGACGGCACAACCGACCCAGACGAUCACAUAGCCUCAUAUAAACAACGGAUGUUCACUAUCUCUAUACCCUGCGCGUUGAGGGAAGCCUGCAUGUGUAAGAGUUUUGGUUCAAGCUUAGCCAGCCCAGCACUUCAGUGGUACACAAAUCUCCCAAAAGGUUCCAUUGACUCAUUUGCACAACUUAUUGACACCUUCGUGGAGCAGUUCGCCAGUAGUAAGAAGCUUGAGAAAUUGUCGACCGAUCUAUAUAGAGUAUACCAAAAAAUGGGAGAACCACUGAGAGAGUACGUCAGCAGAUUCAACAAGGAGAAAAUUUCCAUUCCUGCUUGCAACCCCGAGACAACUAUAGACGCGUUCAGGAAAGGCCUCCUCUCGAAUGAGGAAUGGCACAAAGAAUUGACGAAGCUUGGUUGCACCACGAUGGAAGACGCUCUGGCCAGAGCGGUGAUACAAAUAAGGUGGGAAGAAGAUAAAAUGAAUAGAGUAAUCCACGCCAGGUACGACCCGAGGCGGACUGAUAAGAGGCUAGAUGCCAAACCGAUAGAAAACCGCUACCAACCCCCAGCGCAUCAUUUGAACAAAGUCAGGAAACCAUAUGACCGUCAGCCACAAUACGACCAUCAGCCACCCAGAACAGAUAAUAGACAGAUCGGACCAAGCCGAUACAAGAUACCAUACUACAACCUGAACGUCGAACCAGCCCAAGUGGUGGCGGUCAUAAAGGGAAUGAGAUCCAGUGUUAGGUGGCCAGGCAAGUUAAACGUCAAAGCAAGAAGAGACACAACUAAGUGGUGUGAGUUUCACGGCGACUAUGGACAUAACACCCCGGAUUGCAUUGCCCUGCGUUUGGAGGUUGCCGCGCUAUUGAAGAGGGGACAUCUCCGAGAUCUGCUGACCGAUAAAGGAAAGCACACCAUUAGCCAGAAAAGCAGUAAAGAAACUUCUCCACCCCCGCAAGAGCCCACACCAAAAGGCUUCUGCUCACUCAUCUCCGGGGGGUCAGAAAUCAGCGGGGUCAGUUAUUCAUCAGCCAAACUAUACGCCAGGUCUAGCAGCCACCAUGAGAUACAGUCAAUCCGCCCAGUUUCUUGGUCACACUUCCAUCAGGUAAUUCCAUUCGAAGAUGACGAGCCGAUCACUCAGGCCACCCCUCAUCAUGAUGCUCUAGUCGUCUCCCUCCAAAUUGCCAAUAUCCUUGUGAAGAGGGUGUUCAUAGAUAGAGGGUCAUCAGCGAACAUUCUAUUCCUUACAGUAGUAAAAGUUAUGGGUUUGGAAGAAGAAAACAUCAACAAAAGGCCGACUCUACUAGUUGGUUUUAGUUCUGAACAGAAGUACACCAUCGGAGAAAUCGUCCUUCCUAUCUAUGCUAGUGGAGUGAACAGACAGACAGUCUUCCUGGUGAUAGAUGCCCCUUCACCCUAUCUUAGGCCAACCCUGGAUCCACGACAUGCAAGCAAUCCCAUCCACUUUCCACCAAACAAUCAGGUUUCUACCAAAUGGGGAGUACGAGAAAUCAAGGGCGACCCGAAAGCUUCUAGAGAUUGUUACAAGAACGUCUUUAAGGGCAAGGGUAACGCUUCAUAG